CUGAAAAAGCAGCUGAAAAAGUGACGAAAAGUCGAAAAACCGAAAAAAGCAACGAAAAAGCAAAAGAGGAACCGAAAAAACGUAAAAGAAGCACCAAAAAAACGAUGAAAAAAGCACCUGUGUGA